AUGAUGAAUUCGAUGAGACCAACCACCGCCAUUAACAGGGACAUGAGUCUUAAACAUGCAAACGUUCCAGAUGACUAUGAUGCAACCAAAUAUCGUCGAUGGGUUACAUUAAAUCCUCCUCCUAUAGACUCAAAGAAUAAAAUCUCAGUCAUGUCAUAUAAUCUAUUGUCUAGGCAUUAUACGUGGCAUCAAGUGUUUGGAUACUUAGAACCAGAAUACCUUGAUUGGACAACAUAUAGAUUCCCACUUAUAAAUAAAACCAUAUCUCAACUUAGAUGUGAUAUCAUGUGUUUCCAAGAGAUGGAAUAUUAUGUGUAUAAACAUUCUUGGAGUAAGAAUUUCCCUGAUGCAAAUUAUGAAAGUUAUUUUGUCAAGAAAUCUUUACCAGGAUAUUGGGGAGGUAAAUCAACCGAGUUCAUUGAUGGAGUUGGAGUCUUUGUAAAUACCAAUAGAUUUGAUGUACUUGACAAGAGGGAAAUCAAUUUUGGAGAAGAUAUCUUAUUAAAUAAAAGCUCCUACCAUUUCACAGAUGAUUUAAUCAAGAGAGUGAUACCUCGAAAUACAGUUGCAUUAUUACUUAAGUUGUAUGACAAGAUUGCAGACAAGAUUGUGUAUGUAACCAAUACCCAUUUAUAUUGGUCACCAGAGUAUAAUGAUGUCAAGGCUUUACAGACAAAGAUUCUACUCACAACAUUGCAUAAUUAUAUAGACACUCCCGAUCCUAACAUAAUAUUGUUAGGGGAUCUAAAUUCCAACAUUAGAUCAGAUGUAUUUAAAUUGUUAAGUACAAAAGGGAUCAAUAUUACUGAAUCUCAGAAUUUUGCUGGCCAUGAUUAUGGAGAUAACAAUUCAUUGAUCAAUGAAAAGAAAGAAAUUGAAAACCCAUUUGAAUUUGUAAAUAUCUAUGAUUCAUUAUUGAAAUCUCAACGAUUAAAUUUCACAAGUUAUACAUCAAGUUUGACUGAUGUUUUAGACCAUAUUUUCAUUAGCAAACAAAAUUUUAAAAUCGUUAAAGUACUAAGUGAGGUUGAUGAACAAUAUUGCUCUAGUUGUGCAAUUAAAGGGUUCCCUAAUCAACAAUUCCCUUCUGAUCAUAUUCCAUUGGUUGCAGAAAUUAGUUAUAAUUAA